UUACCAGUGUUACUAGGCAACCAGUAUCCUCAUCUUACAGCCUACCUGUGUGUGCAUGUUUCCCAGUGGGACAGCAAACAUUUAGCACGCGAUACAUUCCCUAUUGACUUUCACUGGACAUCGAUUAAAGAAAGUAACUUGAAGAAACACUAAAAUGGCUUUAGCAAGUGGACACUGGGUGGAGAAGGAAACUGUUGGGGUCCCACCAAGCCCAAGAUACGGCCAUGCGAUGACUGUGGCAGGAAAUAUUGCUUUCUUGUUUGGAGGAGCAUCAAGCGCAAUCACAGAGGACGAUCCUCCAAUAUACCUCAAUGACUUUUACAUGAUUACAGUUUCAGCAGAUCAAGUUACAUGGGAGCUGAUGCCCCAGAAAGGUGACGUUCCCUCAAGAAGAGAAGGACACACUCUGUGUGUAGUUAAAGGAAAACUCUACUUGUUUGGAGGAUGUUCAGACCCUGAAGCUAAAGAGUGUCUUCCAGGCAUCUACUGCUUUGACAUCGUGACGCUGACAUGGGAGAAGCUGCAGUCUGGAGGAGUUUCUCUGCGGACACUGAGACACAGCGCAGCAGCUCUGGGGGAAAACAUCUAUGUGUACGGAGGCAUUGUGGACGGACGAGCUACUGAUGACCUUAUGAUGUUCAACACAGCAUCACUGAACUGGAUGCCUAUUAAAGCUGCAGGAACUCUGCCCUCAGAAAGAUAUAAUCACUCGUGCGCUGCGGUCGGGGAGCAGAUCUUUCUGUUUGGUGGAUGUUCAGAGGACGGAUCUCUGCUUAAAGACAUGUAUGCCCUCAAUACAGAGACUCUGCUGUGGGAACAGUUUAAAGUAAAGGGAGAUUCUCCUGUUGUUUGUGCUGGUCAAACCUUUACGCCACAUCAUGACAAGGAUAUUUACUUGUUUGGAGGAACGGUCAGCAGUCCUGAUGGAGGGGUGUCAUCGACUAAUGAAAUUCACAAAUUAAGCAUUGCAAAGAUGAAGUGGAAGGUGCCACUGUAUGUGGGCAUCCCUCCCUCCAGACGCCACGGACACACCGCUUUCAUCAUCCACAGCCAUCUUUACGUAUUCGGAGGCAGAAAUGAAGAGCAAGAAUUUAAUGACUUGAAAGUAAUGAAGUUGAUAAAUCCCUCAGAGAGACAGCCAGUGAUGAAGGAGAUUUUAUCGGAGUUUGGCCUGCAGGGUGUCAGUAACAGCUUCACUCCGACAAAGAUUCCCAAUGUGAAGUAUGAGCUGAGUCAGUCUCCAGUGACCGUGAAGAGCUGCAGGACUGAAAACAUCAUCCAGGUGAGCGCUCAUAGAGAUUUCAGUGCAGUUCGUGAGGAAGCCAUGAACAUGAUCUACAAAGCGUUUGCCCUGUUAGAUGAGGAGUUCCAGAAGCUGGACAGAGAAAAGGAAGCUGUUGCUGCAGACACAGAGGCUCUGCAGAUGGAGAAAGAUGCCCAAAACGAGCUUCUGCUGAGGCAGAAACAGGAUCUUCAGGAUCUGCUGGAAAGACACAAAGCUCAGAACGAGGCCUGGCUGCGAGCGCGAGCAGAAGAAAACGACAGGGAGCGGAAAGAGCUGUGUAAACUGAGGGAGGAGGUGCUCCAGGAGCAGGAGAGGCUGAAAGAGGAGCAGAGCAACAUCCAAAAACGCAGCGAGCAGCUCCUGUCCAUAAUGCAGCAGUUCAAAGGCAUGUGAAGACACUGUCUCCAUGGCAACGGCAGAGGGAGACGAAACAGCCAGAUUGAUGCCACUCCCUUACUCUCAUAUUUGGGUUUGUUUGUCUGCCUGAGGACUCGCUUAUUUCCUCUGUGUGUGUAUGUGUGUGUGCUAAUGGAUGUCACAAUGCAUUAGACAACCUCAUUAUCUGGGAUACCUGUGGAACACAGAGUGAUUUAUGGAGCAGAUUUUUCUGAAUCGUGAUGAAGUAAACAGGUUGAGCACCAAGGCCUGUCAUUUAUUUUCACAUUUCUCCACAAGCUUGCGCUGGGUGAUGAAAUUGAACUGGUGCUUGAUUUUACAACUAAAAAGGACCUAUUAUGCAAAAACACUUUUAUAAAGGGGUUUAAACAGUUGUGUGGCGACAGUGUGUGAAUACAUAAACCGGCCACUUUAUUAGGUACACCUGUCCAACUGCUGGUUAAAGCCAAUCACAUGGCAGCAACUCAACGCAAUUAGGCAUGUAGACAUGGUCAAGACGAUCUGCUGCAGUUCAAACCGAGCAUCAGAAUGGGGAAGAAAGGGGAUUUAAGUGACUUUGAACGUGUUGUGGUUGUUGGUGCCAGACGGGCUGCUCUGAGUAUUUCAGAAACUGCUGCUCUACUGGGGUUUUCACGCACAACCAUCUCUAGGGUUUACAGAGAAUGGUCUGAAAAAGAGGAAAUGCCUUGUUGAUGUCAGAGGAGAAUGGCCAGACUGGUUCCAGCUGAUAGAAAGGCAACAGUAACUCAAUUAAGCACUUGUUACAACCGAGGUCUGCAGAAGAGCAUCUCUGAACACACAACACGUCCAACCUUGAGGCGGAUGGGCUACAGCAGCAGAAGACCACACCGGGUGCCGCUCCUGUGAGCUAAGAACAGGAAACUGAGGCUACAAUUCACACAGGCUCACCAAAACUGGACAAUAGAAGAUUGGAGAAACGUUGCCUGGUCUGAUGAGUCUCCAUUUCUGUUGCCACAUUCGGAUCGGGUCAGAAUUUGGCCUCAACAUCUUGAAAGCAUGGAUCCAUCCUGCCUUGUAUCAACUGUUCAGGCUGGUGGUGGUGGUGUAAAGGUGUGGGGGAUACUUUCUCGGCACACUUUGGGCCCAAUUGAGCAUCAUGUCAACGCCACAGCCUACCUGAGUAUUGUUGCUGAGCUAUUGUUUUUGAUCUAUAAAUCUCUUUGGCUGCCGUUAUUACAAUAAUUCAACUUUAGACAGACAUUUCUGGAAGCAAUGUUGGGUAAGUUCUUUAGAAGUUUCUGAAAUUUCUGAUUACAAACUAGUUAAUAAAACUGUAGUUAGGCUACAUAUUUUAUGUAAUGUCAUUUUUUUGAUUAACUAGCUUAAUUUAAUAUACCUAAAUACCAUGUGACUAUCAGGAAA